AAACAACCAUCACUUUAUCUAAAAAAGCAGGAAGCAACGAGAGACAUGCAUUUAUACGAAGACAAUCAGCGAAUACAGCAACGUUAAUCCGUAUAAAAGAUACGUUAGUAGCCUAUUGACCACGAGAGCAGAAACCACUGAUCAAAUAACUGCUACUUAUUGUGGAUGCAUUUGAUUCAAUCUGAACGGAGAAGGUCUCUGCGUGCAACAUGGGACAACAUCUAGGAAAACGAGAGCUACAUCUGGAGAGCAAGCCUCCCUCAUCCCAACCAGGGGGAGAAAAGAAAGUGGGAGCAGAGCCUGUCGGUGAGAUCAUGGCAGAACCGGAAUCACAAGACGAGGUCUUUGGCCCUGGUGAGGCAGAUGCGAACCAGAACAAUGGCUGGUCCUCGGCGAAGGCGGCGGCGGUGACUGACUCCACGGGCACUGAGGGCCCCGGCAGCUCCUGGGAUGAGGCCAGCACAGCUGAUGCUGACGACGGCACUGGGCCACGCCCCCACCUGGUCCGCCUCUUCUCCCGUGAUGCCCCGGGCCGCGAGGACAACACCUUCAAAGACCGCCCUUCCGAAUCGGACGAGCUGCAGACCAUCCAGGAGCACAGCGGAGCAGGGUCAGAGUGUGGAUCAGAGGACCAGGAUUUAGACUAAGUGUGUUCUUUCGCUCUCCUCGCUUUCUCUCAGUCCUCCUCGGCUCUCAUUUAAGAGGCAGAACCCCGCUUACA